CUCUGGUCAUCUCCUGUACUGUCUGCACAGCCUCUGAUCAUCCCCUGUACUGUCCGCAGUCUCUGGUCAUCCCCUGUACUGUGUCCGCAGUCUCUGGUCAUCCCCUGUACUGUGUCCGCAGUCUCUGGUCAUCCCCUGUACUGUGUCCGCAGUCUCUGGUCAUCCCCUGUACUGUGUCCGCAGUCUCUGGUCAUCCCCUGUACUGUGUCCGCAGUCUCUGGUCAUCCCCUGUACUGUGUCCGCAGUCUCUGGUCAUCCCCUGUACUGUGUCCGCAGUCUCUGGUCAUCCCCUGUACUGUGUCCGCAGUCUCUGGUCAUCCCCUGUACUGUGUCCGCAGU